ACAAAAUCUAGAUUUCUAGCAAAGUACUUUCCUCAGCAAAUGUACUCAUUGAGUUUUCUUUUCUCCCAAUGUCAUCGAUUCUCUUUCUCAGGGCAUGGCCACCUCGUGUUUCAGUAAUGUAGAUGAGUAUGGAUUUGAGAGACCAUCGAAUUUCGACUAUGAAACUUACGAAGAAUUCAUGUCAGAAUACUUGAAAGUAUUGGCUAAAAGGGCAAAAAAAUGGGCUGAAUUAAUAGGUGAAGGAAAAUCAUUAGAUCGCAGUAUUACUAUUAAACGUUAUGUCCGUAAAGGCAUUCCUGGAGAUCACCGAGGGAUGGUCUGGUUAGCAGUAAGCGGAGGGGAAGAUUUGAAGAAUGCUGACCCAAACCUUUACCAGAGAUUACUUCAUGGUCCUCACAAUGAGCAGGUAGCGGAAAUAAUCAAGACUGAUCUUCCGCGAACAUUUCCAGAUAAUAUAUUCUUCAAUAAUACUGUUAACCAUCAGCAUCAACUUUACAAUAUUUUACUAGCAUUUGCUCAUCAAAACGAAGCUGUUGGCUAUUGCCAAGGUUUAAAUUACAUAGCAGGAUUAUUAUUAUUAGUGACAAAAAAUGAAGAAACCGCAUUUUGGUUACUGAAAAUAUUAAUAGAAAAAAUAUUGCCUGAUUAUUAUACUCCAACAAUGGACGGAUUGCUCACAGAUAUUGACGUUUUAGCUGAAUUAGUUAAGUGGAAGAUACCAGAUGUAUUCAAUCAUGUUACCCAGUUAGGUUUACCCUGGGCAGUUAUAACAACCAAGUGGUUUAUAUGCCUUUUUGCGGAAGUGUUGCCUAUUGAGACAACACUAAGGAUAUGGGAUUGUCUUUUUUACGAAGGAAAUAAAAUAAUAUUUCGUGUAGCUUUGACUCUUAUUAAAAGAAAUAAAGAAAAUUUAUUAGCGUGUGAUGAUUUUGGAUUGUUAGCGGAUUGUUUUAAAGGUAUUACGAAGGAUAGUAUUGUUAUACAAUGUCACGAAUUUAUGCAGAGUAUUUUUAAAGUACCUGGAUCUUUACCUGGAAACACAAUCGCAAAGCUGCGAGCAAAAGUAUCUCAGGAAAGAGCGAUGAACAAAAAAUCUACCGUGCAACGAUAGCGCUUAUUGAAUUAUUUUAAAUGUGGAUUGCAUCAUGCUCUAGUCAAGUCAGCAUUAUUCUAUAUAUCUUUCAUUGAAUCAUUGUGCAAUUUAUUUUUCAUGUUUAUAUACACGUAAAAAGGAUAUUUUUGCUGGUAAAUAAUUUUACAUUAUUGACAAUUCUUUAUGAAAUUAUAAUUUGAUGUAUAAAAUUCCUACAGAUUUUAAAUUAUUAUAUAAUGUUAGCAAUCUGAAGGGACUAUUAUCGGAUCGUCUCUUAUCUUUUAUCUAAAUCGCUGGAUCGAUAAUUGUAAAUGAUAUUUAAUAUAUUGGAUACAAUUUUUCUUA